UGUUAGGGAAUGGAUUAUAGAUAAAUAAUGGCAGAUAAAAUUUACAGGUUGUAUGUAUGUAUGCAAGAGAAGUCGGAACCAGAAGAAGCAGAGGAACCAGAACCUGUGAGGGUGAAGGAGGAGUGUGAUGUUGUCUCCAUCAGUCAGGAUGAAGAGCAGACUGGUUCCUUCCUGGUGGAUAUUGGUUUUAAACUGGACCAGAUGAAACCAGAACCAACAGGAGCCCAGCUGAUCUCUCAGAACCCUCCAGAACCUGAGAAUCUGGAUCAGUCAGGAAGCAGUGAAGAACACUCCACCUGCCAGAUCUGUGGGCGUAGCUGCACCAGCAGCUGCCUGAGCGUUCAUCUGCGCCUCCACACCGGAGAGAAGCCCUUCUCCUGCCCCACCUGUGGGAAGCGCUGCAGCGUGAGUCAUGUGACCCGCCACCUGAGGACCCACACAGGUGAGAAACCAUUUUCUUGCCAGACCUGCGGGAAAGUCUUCAACCACUAGAGAAAUCUGAAGUACCACCAGAAGAGUCAUGCCGACAAGCCGUCCUCAUGCCAGUCCAGCAGAAAGAGCUUCAAACCCAAGACCCCCCUGAGUCACCACAUGAGAACCAACAAAGAUGAGAAGCCCCUCAGUUGCUCCACUUGUGGGAGGGGCUUCGGCUUCAAGGGUCACCUGACUCGUCACAUGGUGACACACUUGUCUGAGAAACCUUUCAGAUGUCUUUGUGGGGAACCGCCUGGUGCUCCACAU